AUGUCGACCUCGGUCCCUUUCCCCGCUAGCCAGUCUGCCCAAGCUGGCGACUUUGUAGACGAUCUCAAGAUCGACUUGCCCCGCAACUCCACCUCUUCCUUGGCCAAAGACGACACGGCGGCCAACAACAGCACUAGCCAUCAACCAUCCGCACACCUCCACCGCCGUCAGGGCUCGUUCCAAGCCGCUGACAAACCCUCCACCGCUCCAGCUAGCUGGCACCACCAUCCCCGGCAACCCGGCCCGCACUCCGAGUCCUACUUCCCAGGUACCUCGACCAACGUCCCAAAGACCCCCAGCAGCCUCUCCGUGCGUGGCCAUGGUCGUACACACAGCAAUUCCAGCAACGCCUUUUCCGCUCACCCAACUCACCUCAACAUCGGUGCCGCGCCUCCCAACGUCGACGGCGCCUCCUUGCAGUCUGCUUUCGGCUCGGCUCACCAUCCAGCUCCCAACAGCCUCAGCCUCACCCACCAUCCCGCCAUGCACGGCCUCGGCAUGGGCGGCGGAUACAGUGCCGGUCCGCCUAGCCCUAGCACGCUCACCGAUGUUAUUCUCGGUUUGCACAGCACCUUCUACUCGUGCAAACGCAAACCCGAGGAAGUCAAGCAGAUGGUCUCACGCUACUACGAGUCUGGCGCUGUCUUUGAAUCUCCUUUGCUCUCGGCACAUGGUAGAAACCAGAUUGCCAAUCAGUUUAUCAUGGCGUUCGCACUGCCCGGAAUGGACGUGCAAUCCGAACUGCGCGACGUCAUCUGCUCCGAUUUUGAGUUUGAUGGUACACGCGCCGGUAUCAUCGACCACACCAUCACCGUCACCCUCUUUCCUUCUCUAUUUGGCUCCUCCCCAGCCAAGCCUACCCCAAACCCAGGUGCAAGCGAUGCCAACCGCACUCCCAGAGCCUCGUAUCCCAUGUCGGCAUCAGCGUAUCCCAUGACACCACACCCUUUCAUUGACUAUGGCGCCAGCAGCGUCUAUUCGCGUGUUGCUAGCCGUCCACACAGUCCCACAACACCUUUCAGCAUCUCGAGCAUUUGGGGUGGCUCAAGGCCUCACACGCCCGGUCAUGCCGCUGCCACCACCGGAGUACGUCCCCUGUCGGGCACCAGUGCACAUGCUAUCAAUACUCCGCCUAGCGUCAAUGGCGAGGAUCUCGACGCGAACCCAUCCUCGUCAGCGUCAGCCGCCGCCAACGCUUUCCACCACCUUACCAACGGCAGCAACACACACCACUACAUUGACGCCGAGGUGUUGCAACAGCAACUUGCCACACGCCCGGCCAUCCCUGCCGACGCCUUGACACCCCACUGGACCAGUGAAGGUCUGGGUCGACAGACGCUGCGCACCUUGAUUUGGUCGCUCUUCCAUCCAAGGGCGGUGCUCCGAUCGCUCUGCAGCAUCCAGCUGCGCGUCAUGAGUCGACUCGAGUUCAACGAUGCCGGUCUAAUCGUGCGACAUGAAGACACCUGGGGGUUGAGAGAGACCAUCGAGGGGGCGAUCCCUUUUGCGUCGCUCAUCUACUCGAUCGAGCGCAGAUUGGUGGGCUUCCUCGUCUCGUGGGCCAUCGCCAAAGGAUUCAAAAUCUCAUCGAGCCUGUUGCGCAAAGCGAUACCUGGAGGCGCCUCGUCCACCGAACUCGAGGCGCAUGCAUCUAGCCAUCAGAUCAGCCAGCACGAGGCCGAGGCCAUGUUCACCCACCCGCACAUGCACCAACACGCCUUGGGGCGUGUACCGGGGCGCGAGUUUCAGACCAUCUCUCGAUCGCGAGCUCCCUCGCCUACUCGAUUUCGAUUCGGUGGCUCGGACCAUCGUUCCAGCGGCGCCACUGUGACGGGCACCCGGUCGCGCGCCAGAUCGCUCGUCGGUUCGCACGCACCGUCGCGCGUCAUGUCGACCGACAACCUGAUGCACCACUUUGCAACGGCCAACGCUGCCGCGCUGUCCUCUUCUGGCUCCGGUGCAGAACCACGCCGGUCGACCGAUCUGCCACCAGAUUCGAGUGCCAAAUUUCGAGAACGCUCGGCUAAGCGCAUCGACGGUGGACGAACGACGAGCACCAACUCGGCUCCCCCCACCGCGUUUCCGUCAUCUGCGAGCAACGCUGCCAGUCUGAAUGGUCACGACGCGAUCGAGUUUGGAGCCAAUGGGCCUGCUUCGAACUUGGUCAACAUGUGGGAGCACUUUUCGGCCCAGUCUCGCCCACACUCAAAGGCCGCUUCGGUCGUGUCCAACGAUGACUCUAGAACUACGCUGCGUGCGCCUGACCAGGAUCAGCAGUAG